AUGGAAUCCGGGUCGGACCCGCCAAAUAGAAACAAAAUCAAUGAGGGAUUACCCUCUUCUUCAUCUCCUCCUCCUGCCCACGAACCAGAUCUUUCUUUGAUGCCCGAUUACCCAGACGAAAUCGCCAUUGAAAUCCUUUCAAGGCUGCCGGCCAAACCCUUGGGGAAAUUCAAGUGUGUUUCAAGACCAUGGCUUUCUUUGAUCUCCAGCCCAGAAUUCAUCAAAACCCAUCUCGCGGUUGCAUCUAGAAGGAAUAAUUAUGCCCACCAUCGUCUCAUGCUCUCCAUAGCAACCCCCUCUGAUGAUGAUAAUGGCUCUGAAGAUUCCAGUGAUGGUGACGGUGCCAGUGCCGGUGACCGUGACCCGGAGUAUUUGCUGUAUACUCUUGAUUCUAUACUAAACCCGGCGUCCGAUGAAACUGAAGCCACCCCUGCAGAGGUAUUUGGCAUCGAUUAUCUAAUCCAGUCUAAUAAGUCAUAUUAUCCUUUAGGAUCUUGCAAUGGGUUGAUCUGCGUUCGUACUUUGUUUGAUGAAUUGUUUUUGUGUAACCCUUGUACCAAAAAGCAUAAGAAACUGCCUCACUUGGGUACAAAAUGGGGAUACAUGGGAGCUGAAUUUGGAUUUGGUUAUGAUGCUCUGAAUGAUGAUUAUAAAGUAAUUGGUGUAUCUCAUUAUGUGAAUGAGAUCAUUGUGUACAGUCUCAAGACUGAUUCUUGUCGCAGGAUAGAGGAUUUUAAGGCUGUUCUUGAUGGGGAAUUCAGCCGUUUGCAUUAUGUGAACGGAAAGUUUUAUUGGCCUACCCUUGAUGUUACUGAUGAUUGGAAAAUUGCUAGCUUCGAUUUGGGGAAUGAAACUUAUGGAAUCAUGGACUUCCCCCCAGAGAACAAAGAAGUCCAGUAUAGUUAUGGACUUGGAGAGAUGGGAGGUUGCCUUUCUGUGAUUUAUGACUAUCGAAAUACUCACGCAGAUGUUUGGGUUUGGAAGGAAUCCUGGAUCAAAGUUGUUUUUAUUCCUUAUAUUGAUGCGCUUCCUGCAUCUUAUUACAUUACUCAAUCAGUUUGGGAAUCGAGGGAUGGUGAAAUAUUAUGCAUCUUGCGCUCAGCAUUGUUUCUUAUCGACUUAAAGGCCAAAACAUCCUGCAGUUAUACGCAGAUAGGGCUUAUUGAAACUGCGUUUAUGCAUGUUGAGAGUUUAGUUUCGCCCUAA